AUGCGGUGUUAUGUAGCAACUUCAACACUCACCAAUCACCAAUUACUUCAGGCUAGAUCUAGCUCGCAUUGACAGACCAGGACGCAGUCAUCAUGGAAGCGCAAGUGGAAAGCCAACACAAAGCUUGCAUGGCCAAAUGCUUGGAGCUCGCUCGCAAGUCACCUCCCAAACCGACAAACUUCAGGGUAGGAGCUAUGAUCAUCAGAGAGAGCGAUCUGUCCACCAUAGCGCAGGGAUACACCCUUGAGCUUCCUGGAAAUACACAUGCGGAACAAUGCUGUUUUAUCAAACUGGCAGAGCAGCAUUCGACCACAGAAGAGGGCCUGGCCAAGGCCAUCACGGGGCCUCAUGCCCUGUAUACGACCGUGGAGCCUUGCUUCAAGCGCCUGAGUGGCAACCUCCCCUGUGUGGAGAGGGUCAUCCGACAGAGUUCCUGGAUCAAGACGGUCUAUGUUGGUGUUCAGGAGCCCGAGACCUUUGUUGGGCAAAACCCGGGGCGCAAAAUGCUGGAAGACGCGGGGAUCCAGGUCGUCCUUGUUGAUGGCCUCGAAGAUGAAAUCCUAGCUGUAGCCACAGCCGGCCAUAUCAAGGACGCGUGAAACGCACUCCAGCUUGCAGGAACUUGGGCAUGUUGCGGGACGCUAUUUCCAAGUUGCGAUCCGUGGCGUCACCAUCUGCCUGGUGUGCGGGGAACUUGGGGCAAUGAUCACCGUCGCUCCUCGUACCUCUCGUGCUCUCGAGCGAGCACCGUCUUCCAUCACGAGGGUCCAUCCACACUCCAUCUGUGGCGGUCACCAGCUCCUCGGUACCACACUACCCCAGGAACAACCAUAUACGCAAAGGGUUCGCUGUCACACCCGUGAGUCGAGUCGUGCGCCAUCCAAAAACUCUUGACAGCUUGUUCGAAGGCCUUUAAAUCAGCAUAAGAAUAGCUGGGUACCGCGUAUCAGCUGUCAACUCCUGAAUAGCAGCCAUUCUUGACCAACUUCAAUUUAAGCCACACACGGUUUCGUCCUUGCACCAUGUUCGAAGAACAGAUUGUUGCCUUUGAAGCUGGCGAGGGCUUC